CUUUGAGGAUUUAUUUCUUAUAUACUCACCAUCAGCUGUUGAACAAUACUCAAUAAGUAGUGAAGAGCUUAAUAGCACUGAGGAGAAUGUUUUGAUAUUUGAUCAUCAUAUUAAUGAUUUUUUUGAAUACAUGAUAGAAAAAAGACCCCAAAAUAGUCAAUAUGAUAUGCUUUAUGAAGUCAAACAAUAUCUUGAUAAACAUCUUGUUCCUAAAGCUAUAAAUAAUUUUCUUUCUGUACCAGCAACAAGUGUUGUAUCUGAACAGAUGUUUAGCUAUGCUAGUUAUAUUAUUGAUAAUGAUCGUACUUUGCUAGAUUCAAGUACAAUAACUGCACUAAUAUGCCA